CGUCGUCGUACGGGGGUCUCGUGCCGAAUGCUUGACUUGGGAGUUCUUUCGAAAUUCGCUGUCGGGGCGAGUACGGCCGCUGCCUUGUCCACGCUCCUUGCAACCCCCACCACGAAAGACAACAAGGUCGCCGUCGCCAUCGCCGUUGUCGCCGUGGGGGGAGCUGUUGCCUUGGUUGGCAAAUACGUUCAAGACCGUGUGGUCCCGUGGUUCUUGUUGGUGAAAACGUACGACUCGAUUGCCCCCGAGUCACCCCCGACGCCGCGGUCGUCAGAGUGUGCGCUGUUUCGCCAUCUCCCGUGUCUCCGAUCUCGUGUCGCUUGGGUGUCGCUCGGCGAGUUCCCGACGCCAAUCCACACGGUGACACUCCCCAACGUUGGCGGAGAUGGUCAACAUCGCACGGUGUACCUCAAACGAGAGGACUUGUCGAGCCCCCUCUACGGUGGAAACAAGGUGCGCACGUUGGAGCACCAGAUCGCUUCGUGCGCGCUGCACCACGACAACAACCCCGACGCUCGAUACUUUGUUCAGGGAAUGUCCGGGUCCAACCAAACGGUGGCUACAGUCGUGCACGGUCGCUGCCAUGGGCUGCCCAUCAUCCCUUGCCUCAUUGACGAGGACGAGCCAGACUUUGACAACACGCUCAACCUAUUGUCGCUCUUGUCCUUUCGCUUGCCUGACUUGCACGUUUGGACGUCGUACACGACCACGAUCGCACCCUUGAUUCAAAGUGCUGUGUUCGGGUCCAAGGACAAGGUGUUUGCGUUCGGCGGGAACAACUUGUGCGGGGUUCUUGGCCAACUCGGUGGCAUGUUGGAGCUCGCCGAGCAAAUCCAGCGCGGGGACGUCCCAGACGUUGACGUCUUGUACGUGGCGGUCGGGUCGGGGUGCACGCUGACGGGUCAGAUUCUCGGAGUGUGUUUGGCCCGUCAUCUCCACAUGAGAGCGUUCCAGUCUCCGUCGUUUCGAAUUGUAGCAGUACCUAUCUUGCCAGCUAUGGCCGAAGAGCACGCGAAAGCAGCGUUCUACAAGUCGUGGUGGUCGAGGUUCCACCCACUGUACCCUCGCUACGGCUUUCGUCGAGCCGCAGCGUUUCUUUCGGGCUGUGGCCUUGACGUAAACUUGGAGCCGCUCGCGACGGACUUCCUGCUGCAUCAUGUCGACAUGAUCACCGAUCCGGACAUCGUGGGGCCGUGUGGUGCCCACAGCGUCGCGAGUCUCGAGGCAGCGACAACGUUUGAAGCGUCGAUGGCAGUCGAGGGCGAGUUGCCUCCAUGGAUGCAGUCGGACGCUUGCCAUGCGAGUGCAGUUAUCAACGACGUGAACGAGGUCAAGCCGUGGUUGUGUGGCCAUUUUACUGCAAAGGUGUUUGCCAAGUUGGUGGCCGACGUGCGCAGUGGCGAUGACAAGGCGGUUCGCUUGAUGUGGCAAACCAAAAGUUGGGUCCAGCCACGUGGCGACGACGACGAGUGGACGAAACUGAACGACCUCGCUGCCACCAAUGACGACGUCAAGUCGUGGGUGAAUGGUGGGUUGGCGCAUUCGGCAUUGCGCCCGGGACGCGUGCAAGUUCCACACGGGAACUCGGACGCGUACCGAUCGGUCAUGACCUCGAUAAGCUCACGUGAACCCAAGCAACUCUAAACCACCACAACACAUUCUCUCCGUUUCAAAUGGACGCUGCUGGUAUACGUAUCGGAUCCUGUAUCGCCGACACAAUGACGAAUGCGAACUCGAUGUCAUCGCUGACGAACUUUUGCAGUCACGUUUGUUGCCUUGUUCGAUGCGCGCGGGUCUCCAGCCGUCGAGCUACGUCAUCUCGCUUCGAUGGUGUGGUGUACAGCUCACCACUAUCGGAGAACAUGAGAAGAGUCAGGACAGGAUGUUUGUAGGUGGUAUCGUAGGUACAUGCGUUGUCAUGCAGGAUUUUGAGUCCUUCA